AAUCAGAGUCCGCUUUUCAAAGCUGUUUCCUUUAUUUUUAUUAUUAAUCGAAACAGAACAGAAACCCCACUUGAUCCCCCUUCCUGUCCUGUCCUAUAAAAACCAAACCCUUUCUUCUUCCUCAAAUCAAUUCUUUCCUUAAGCUUUCUGUGUUUUGCUAAAUUCGGAGGAAGGAGUUUGAAUUCUCUCGAUGUGUUUGAUAAUGGAAGCGGCGGAUGAUCACGUCGUCGACGGUGGUGUUUUAGCUGCGCCGUCUAAUUUCUCGAUGGUCGAAGACGGGAUUUACCGGUCUGGGUUUCCUAAACCGGAGAAUUUCGGUUUCCUCACAACCCUUAGUCUUCGUUCCAUCAUUUAUCUUUGCCCUGAACCGUACCCGGAGGAGAAUCUCAAGUUUCUUGAAGCCAACAACAUUAAGCUUUUCCAAUUCGGUAUCGAAGGCAAAACGGAUCCUCCAACUCCUAUGCCAAAAGAUACAGUUUUGGAUGCUCUCAGAGUCUUAGUUGAUGUAAGAAACCAUCCGAUUCUCAUACAUUGCAAAGCCGGAAAGCAUAGGACAGGCUGUUUAGUGGGAUGCUUAAGAAAAGUACAGAGCUGGUGUUUAUCAUCGGUGCUCGAGGAAUACCAGAAGAACGCUGGCGUGAAGUGGAGGCAAAGGGAUUUGAAUUUCAUCGAGGCGUUUGAUACCGCGAGCUUGAGGCAGUGUCUCUUGAGCAUUAUGUAUCGUUAUCACGGUUAUGGCUUCAAGAGAAAAAGGUUGGUCCAUGAAGAAGAAAACGUCCAGACGCUGAAACCGCAGGCUGCUAAAGUUUGAGAAACGAGAGCUAACCGGUGGGAGAUGGUUCAUGUUUUUUUUUUUAAUUUGAGGUUCCAUUUAUCGGUCGCUGGAUAUGAUUCUUAUAGGAGGAUUAAGUUCGAGAUUCAUAAACGGAAGUUUCAUUUGGGUUGGUUUAGUGAUAGUAAAGUGUAUAGAAAGGCUACUCUUUGUUAGACACUGGUGCAUGAGAGAGGUCAAUUAACUCAAUGACCACUAAAGCUUCUUAUGCUUUA